AUGGUGGUGGUAUUCAUCAUAAAUGAUGUUGAUGUUGAUGGCGCUGUUGAUAGCAGUGAUGGCGGUGGUGGUUGUGGUAAUGAUAUUGAAAUG